AUGUUCCGUUCUAGUCCGGUAUCGGGCGGCAGGUACGUAUCUCAAGUCCGACCCGAGCCGCGCGUCGGAAAGGACGGCGGCAGCGACAUCGACGAAGGCGACUCCGUCCACGACGAAGCUUCAUCGCUGCUUCGCUCGGACGCGAGACCGUUUCCUACGUCCGUCGGUGUUGCUUGGGGCAUCUUCGGCGGGUCUUACGGCGGCGGGAGCGGGGGCGGGUUUAGGAAGGGGAAUCGGAGACUAAGGACGCUGGCGGCGUGCGCGGCGCUGGUGGUGGCGGCGCUAGUGCUGGCGGCGUGCGCAGUCGUCGACGUGGCGGACGCGUGGCUGGGAUUCGGAGAGACACGACGGGCGGCUGGACUGGAACGAUGUGUCCCGCAGGACAUCCCAGGUAGGUGCAAGGGGCUUGGCGGGGAACGGUGGGGAAGGGUGAGGAACGGUGGAGAAUGUUGGCGGAACGAUAGUGGAGGAGAAGAAGGUGGGGCAGACGCCAUGCUUUUUAGUCGACUCAAAAAUCAAUUGGCGGAUGCGAUAGUGGUGGAAGAGGAGGUGGGGCAGACGAGGCAGAUAGACGGACUGAGAAUCGUGAGGCCGUUCCCUUGCCAGUGCCAUCGGACUGCUAUGCCCAUAUCACUUUUGAGACUGAACUUGCCAUCACUCUCCGAGAUGACAGUGGAGGAGAAGGUGGGGCAGAUGAUGCAGAUAGACGAACGCGCGCUGGGAUAUGGAGGCAACAUCACAGUGUACCAUAUCGGAUCAGUUCUUAGCGGGGGAGGGGCAUGGCCGCAGUACGCCCCCAACACCCCCACAGCAUGGGCGGACAUGGUCGAUAACUUCCAAGCGAAAGCCCUCAACACGCGGCUGCGGGUGCCACUGCUGUACGGAGUAGAUGCAGUGCACGGGCACAACAACGUGGAAGGAGCGACCAUCUUCCCCCACCACGUGGGGCUGGGGGCCGCUGGGAACGCAACCCUGGUAGAAGAGAUUGCUGCAGCUGUGGCAAAGGAAGUGGCAGCAACGGGGGUGCGAUGGACCUUUGCUCCUGCCGUCACGGUGUGCCUCGACCCUCGCUGGGGCCGCUGCUACGAGAGCUACGGGGCGGAUCCUGGGCUUGUAACGGAGCUUGCUAUAGCGGAGAUACGCGGAUGGAUGGCUGGGAACUUUCCAGGAAGCGUCUUCAUGGCGCCAACAGCAAAGCACUAUGUGGGGGAUGGGGGCACGAGGGGAGGCGUGGACCGGGGGGAGACGGUAGGGGGGGAGGCGGAGCUGAGGAAGGUGCAUCUGCUGCCGUACGUGGCGGCUGUAGCGGAGGGCGUGUCAUCGAUCAUGGCGAGCUACAGCAGCUGGAAUGGCACCAAGAUGCAUGGCAACGGCUAUCUCUUGACAGAUGUGCUUCGCAGGGAGCUCGGCUUUGUGGGUCUGAUGGUGUCUGACUGGGAGGCGCUCAAGGAACUUCCAGGAAGCUACGAGGACCAGGUUGCCCUGGGGGUCAACUCGGGUCUCGAUAUGAUAAUGGUUCCAAACGACUUUGCCAACUUCUCAGCCACCCUCUCCUCUCUGGUCAACUCAGGGCGCGUUCCCAUGUCACGAAUUGACGAGGCCGUGUCGCGCGUUCUCUCGCUUAAACACUCCCUAGAGCACCGCCAACUUGCCCGAAAAGCUGUAGCAGCCUCGCUGGUGCUUCUACAGGACAAGUGGAGGAGAGGGGGGACGGGAAGCGGGUACAACGCUGCCGUCUGGGGUCGGGGCAGGAAGAAAAUGUUACCGCUGCCCGUGGACGGCGUGAAAAUCGUUGUCGCGGGCAGCCAUGCAAACGACAUUGGGAGACAAUGUGGGGGAUGGACUAUCACAUGGCAAGGAGAAGAGGGUCCUAUCACCAAAGGCACUACUAUUUGGCAAGGGAUUAAAGAGCUAGUUGCCGGCCGGGCCGCAAGCCUAACCUAUAUCGGCUACCCGCCUGAAGACGAACGUUACGAGAACGGGACGAGGAAAAGGCCACUCGAAGCCACCCGGGAGGCGGCAGCAGUGUGGGCGAAGCGAGCAAGGAGUGUAGAAGCUGACCUUGGGAUUAUAGUUGUAGGGGAGCCGCCUUAUGCCGAGUACAAGGGGGAUGAUCAGCAGCUGGAGUUGAGCGGCCCUGCCCGGUCGACAAUUUUCAGCAUUUGCGGGCAGAUUCCGUGCGUUGUGGUGGUGGUUUCCGGGCGGCCGCUGAAUGUUACGGGCAUGUUACCGCAUCUAGACGCAUUAAUAGCCGCGUGGUUACCCGGGUCGGAAGGAGGGGGUGUAGCAGAUGUGUUGUUUGACGAAGCAGUGGAUUUCAAGGGUAAAUUACCCUUGCCGUGGUUCCGUUCGGUCAGGGACUUGCAGCUGGAUCACUCCCCUGGGCCCAACCCGCCUUUGUUCCCAUUGGGGUUUGGGCUGAGUAAGACUGGUGAGCUGCUAGGUACCAGGCAGGGAGGCGAGGGGGCACCAUAG